UUGUUGGAUGGCAUGGGAGCCCAGUUUGGGAGCCUUCUUUGGCCCAGUGGCUUUCAUCAUUCUGGUGACGUGCAUCUACUUCCUCUGCACCUUCAUCCAGUUGCGACGACAUCCUGAGAAGAAGUACGAGCUCCGGCAACUAACAGAGGAGCAGCAGAGGCUGUCUAGCGCUGACGUACCAACCCACUGCCACCAGGGGGCAGAGCCCGAGGCCCCUCCCACAGGGAGCCACUGUCCCGCUGGCUGUCCGGGCGUCCCCAUCAACCCUGCACUGUUGGCUAAUGAGCACUCCUUCAAAGCCCAGCUACGAACGGCAGCCUUCACUCUUUUCCUGUUCCUGGCCACGUGGACUUUUGGGGCUCUGGCCGUGUCACAGGGACACUUCCUGGACAUGAUCUUCAGCUGCCUUUAUGGUGCCUUUUCUGUUACCCUUGGCCUCUUCAUCCUCAUCCAUCACUGUGCCAAGCGGGAUGAUGUCUGGCACUGCUGGUGUUCUUGUUGCCCCGGACGCCAUGGCAAUGCUGACUCUGGAGCAUCGGGUGCCGCUCAAACAUGUCCUAAAGUAAAUGUGAACGGUGACACCCAGGGACAAGGCCACAGCCACUGCCACCAUGACUCACCGUGUCAGGCGAAAGCUCUGAUGAGCUGCAGCCAUGGCAGUUUAGCUCACUGUAAACAUGCUGCUCUUCCAUCCUCACAAAACCACGUAACAUGUUUGGCACCAGUGACGCCGUGCUGCGCCGCCCUGCACACUCAACAGCUGAUGGAGGAGGAGCCAGCGGCGACUCACGUGCUGCUCCACACCGAGCCUGGGAUUCAGCUGCACUCCUGUCUAAAGAGCAGCUCCAGGACUAAAAGUCGGCAGUUUGGCCGCAGGGCAAAGGCCGCUGCCUGCGGAGCAGCGAGCGACAGGGAAUACGCCUACCACAUCCCGUCCAGUGCAGACGGAGGCAGCAUGCACAGCUCACGCACUGACAGCCCUCACAGCACACGUGAGCGCCACGCCCACAUCUGCCCGCAUUUAGCCCAUGAAGGCCAUCAUGACGGGCAUCACACGUGCCACGCUGCCACAGCCGCCUUGCACGAGUCUUUGGCAUGCCACAAUCCCUGCCACAGGCACAUCUGCUGUGCCAAGGCAGACCUGUUCCCUUCUUUGUGCCCGGCAGACACCGGAGACACGGGCGCCUUUCUGUGUGGCUGUGGCAAAGUAGCUGAGGAGGAGCCGGUUACAACGCAUCACCAUCUGGAGAUGCACGCUGCGCGCAGACAAUCCUGCCCCCAGAGCACGCCCAGUCAGAACGGGAUUCUAAAGGGCGGCCUGCAGGAAGGACUCCUCUACACCUCGGACAGCACAGGGAAUAUACGCACCGGACCCUGGAAGAACGAAACUACUGUGUAGUGCCAGAUGGAAAAACAGAAGAUCCAGGCAGCGAUCCUGUCUCGUCCUGCCAAAACAAAUCUC